AUGGAGACCACAACUGACAGUUGUUCAGAUGUUUUAAUAGAGUUUCAAGAUCACAAGCAAAAUACAAUCGAAGAUGGAUUUAACUUUGAUAACGCCUACAUCAAAGCCAAUUUUUUUCUGAAAGUAUUUUGGAUCAUCAGUGCCCAAUUUGCUGUAACUUCUGGCGUAACCUAUUGGUUUUUAUUCGAAGAUCAAACAAAAUUUUUUAUCCAGAAGAACUUCGGUAUUUUGAUUGUAGCUGGAGUACUAUUAUUUAUGGUGUUAUUGAUCGUGGGUUUUUGUGGAGAAUUAAGAAGAGACUCUCCUGUAAAUUAUGCAAUACUUAUAUCAUUUACAUUGUCAAAGGCUUUUUUAAUCGCGUGCUUAUCGACUGUUUUCUACAAUUACAUUUUACUGGUUACUUCUUUAAUUAUUUGUGCAACUUGUUUUGGCCUUGGAUUGUUUGCUAAUCCAACUUGCAUAAAGUUUAAUGUUUUGAAAGGCCUUCUUUUUACAUUUACUUUGCAUUUUGUUAUUAUUGCUGUAAUUUUUGCAAUUGCUGAAUUUUAUCUGGAAAUAACUAUUAGUACUUUGGUCUCUUUUUGUGUGACUGGGUAUUAUAUAUACGACAUACAACUAAUGACUAGAAAACAGCAUGUCUAUGAUCUGGAGCCAUACGAGUGCAUUUUUGCUGCUGUGUCAGUUUUUAUCGAUUUCCCACAAAUUAUUUAUAAAGUGUGUUUGUGUAAGGUAAUAAGUGGUGAAGUUUCGAUGAGGGGGUAA